AUGGGUACUGAUAGAUUCAACUUGUCACAGGAGAGGCUCACAGAGGAAUUUGGAACCCCUGUGCAAUGUCAACGCCUGUGGUGGUGGACUAGACGGCAGAACAACACAUACCGUGUUGACAGGCCAUUGACAACCGAAGAGGAGAAAAUACCUGAAAUAAAAUUUGACCCAUGGGUGUUGUGCGAAGCCAUUGACCUUCAUCGUACCUUUUCAGAAAAUGAGAUUGUAACUGGGGACAUUAUUUGCUACCAGAAAAUCUUGAAGACACAGGACUUGCCAAAAUAUCAUUCUGUUGCAUCUUUUCUCCAGCAUAUUUGUGAUCAGAAGGAAGAAGAAAUGAAGAGACAAAUUUUAGAAGAGAAGAUUGCUGGGUUAGAACACCAGGCAUCAGCAGAUCGUCUUGAGAAAGUAGAGACACUGAUAGCGUAUGAUCAGAUGAAACAUGAACGAGACAAUGCUGUGCGACAAGUGAACGAGCUGCGCGAUCAGAGCACACACGCCAUUCUCAAAUUCUCCCGUUGUGACCUGGAACAAGCGACGGAGCAUUUCACCGAUGCCUGUAAGGUUGGUGAUACUGAAUAUGGCCGCACAUACAAAGCCAUCAUGCACGGUACCGAGGUGGCGAUCAAGCUGUCCAGCACCGAGAGCUUAUUUCAACAAGAGGUUACUGUUCUUGGUCAAUGUCGGCAUCCAAAUAUCAUCACAUUUAUCGGAGUAUGCUCGAAAAUCUCCGCCCUAGUGUACGAAUGGUUACCAAACGGAAGAAACCUCGAGGACCACAUCGUUUGCGCGAACAAUUCAACACCUCUACCAUGGCAAAACCGCACGCAGAUCAUCGGGGAGAUCUGCUGCGCGCUGCUCUUCCUCCACUCGAACAACAAGAAUCCUCCUACUGCUGCUUUGAUCCAUGGCGAUCUCAGGCCUUGCAACAUCCUCAUCGACGACGACGCCAGCUACAGAAGCAGGCUCUGCAACGUCGGCCUAUCGAGCCUGUUCUUGCAGCCCGGGACCUGCCCACCCAACCUGAUGGAGAGGCUGUCGUACAUGGACCCUGAGUUCAUCACCACCGGGGAGCUCACAACACUCUCCGAUGUGUAUUCAUUUGGUGUGAUCAUCCUACGGCUAUUGACCGGGAUGGCACCGUUGAAUCUGUCCAAGAAAGUUGCAGCGGAAUUGGAGAGUGAUAACCUGCACAGGCUGAUCGAUAAAUCUGCUGGAGACUGGCCUUACAAGGAGGCCAAACAGCUGGCUGUCCUUGGUGUUAGAUGCGCUGAAAUGGCAAGGGAGAAACGGCCCGAUCUCUUGAACGAUGUGUGGAGAGUCGUCAGGCCACUGAUGAGGAAGCCCUCUUCUUGCCCGUACUUUCCACCGGCAUCACCAGAAGUUUGUAUCCCUGCUCCUUUCAUCUGUCCGAUCCUCAUGGAGAUCAUGAAAGAUCCUCAAGUCGCAUCUGAUGGGUUCACCUAUGAAGGAGAGGCCAUAAGGAGGUGGUUUGAUAGCGGGAAUAAUAGGUCUCCGAUGACGAACUUGGUCCUUCCCGAUCUCAAACUCAUCCCUAAUCGUGUCCUCCGUUCUUCCAUCCAUGAGUAUCUUCGGCAGCAGAAACAACAGCAGCAGCAGGAGGAGGGUUCAGUCACCUAAUUUCUGAUGAAGGGGACAAAUUUUCGUUUGAAAGUAGUUGCCUGACGGCUGUUGUGAUUUCAGUUAAGUAGGAAACAGUGAAGAACAAAUGGCAAGAGGACUACUAAUACAGGGAAGAAGUUACUAGACA